GUUUACAGGAGCGAUGAAGCUGAACUCGUUCCUGCGGGUUCUGUUCGGGUUAUUCUUAGAGCUUGGGUUUUAUGGUGCUCUCACACUUGAGGACGAAUUCCCAAUUUCUGAGCUAAAUACUUACUUUGAAUCAUUCUUCGCUAAGAAGAACUCGACUGAUUACGAAACUUGGCUGGAUAGCCUCCCAAAACAAGAGGAAUUAGAUGAAAUGCGACAGCUGCUUGCCAAGGUUUAUCGAAUGGAGACUUUUAAGGAUGUAGAUAAUUCAUUGCUGGAUCAGUACACUGCUUUAAAGGACUACUUAAAUGUGACUGUAAUUCAGGGUCAUUAUUGUGUCAUUCAUGAGCAAAUUCCUCAAGACAGUGACCGAUUUAGACGAAUGUGGGGAUACGUUGUAAUUGCUUCUAAGAAUUGGGCAAGACGGAUGAUCCAUCACUCCGCUUCGCACUUCGCCUCUGAUGGACCGGUAUGCUCUCAAGCAGCUGCGCUUUUCGAGCGCACCCGCUCACGCUCACUAGUGGUCGCUGGCGCAGACAGAUUCGCAGUCAAAGGAGACAAACGCUCAGAAUGCCAGGAGCAGUUUCAAAUAGCUGAUGCCUCCCAUAACUGUAGAACAAUGUUCCAUUUUGUUAACACUGUGUUGAAAGACUUGGCUGAAGAAGAUGUGCAGUCAUCCUGGAAGGAAGACUAUCACUUUUUCGUCCAGUGGCAUGGCAUGGCAGAAACUAGCUGCGUGCACUCUGAUGCCUUCAUCUCCACUGGUAUUAAGAACAGUUCCAUAUAUGAGAGGAGCAUACCCGCAACAAAGAUCAUGGAAAGCUUUAACCGCAUAGCGGCAGACUUGGGAAUGAAGGUGAAUGCUACCACGCCUCUACAAGAUCAAGAAUGCACAUUAACAGCUGGGACUAAUAUAUUUGGAAGAUAUAUCAAUGGAGUUCCACGCGAAAGUGUCUGCAACGUCACAGCCAAGGAGGAGGACAUCACCGGCAAAUUUGUACAUAUAGAGCAGAAACGAGCUAUUCGGGAGAACAUCUCACUUUGGACAUCAGUAAUACAAGACGCGUUCCCUGAUCGCAAUGGCGAUUCGUACUCGAAAUCAACAGCUUUAGUCAUGGCAUUUGCAGUACUGUGUUCCUUUGUUUUUUAACUGGUUAACAUGGCCAAGUUUCUCUCCAUUGAGAGCGGUAAUGGUCAAUGUAACCACACCGAACUGCCGUGCUUUGCGGUAAGAAUGUUGGGCACAACUCUUCUUACUUAACAUACAGUCGAGUAGAUUUUUCGCCUAAUCUGGUGUGCUUGGUGCCGGAAAAAGGCGGUAGAAUUUGUGCGUGAACAAAUAGCUGAGCCUGUGAUGCCGGCCACUUGCGCGCGCAGUGCCUCCAACACUGGCGUUGCUUUUGUUCACGCGCAAUCUACUGCAUUUUCAGGCACACUUAUCAAGCGGAAAAUCCACCCAAAUCUGCCUGGCAUGUG